GUUUAUAGAGUUGUAAUAGUAUUCUUCAAGAUAUUAAAAAUAUAUCGUAGAAUUUAAUAGAAUCAUCAGUAAUAAAAGGAAAAUGAGCGUUUCUAGUUCUACCGAUAAAGAAGAUAAAAAAUGCCCCAAGUUACAACUUAAAAAGAUUUUGCAUGCACUUCGCAAUAAUGUUAAGUCCAAACAAGUUCUAGUAGGAGCUUCUGCAGGCUUUAUUACGGGAAUAGUUACAAAUAAGGUAGGAAAAUCAGCAGCGCUCGCUAUUGGAGGAGGUAUGAUGUUACUUCAGAUUUUAAAUGAAAUGGAGUACAUUAAUAUCAAUUGGGAUCGAGUCAAUGAUACAGUUAAUAAUUCAGUUGAAGAAAAUAUGGUCAAUGGUGGAGCUUUAUAUUUAAAGAAGAUCAAAGAAUUUGUAAAGAAUAAAAAUGUUUGUAUAAUUUAUGGAUUCGUAGGAGGAUUUUUGAUUGGAAUAGCACUUUAAAAAGAUAUGUUAGAAAAUUGUUCGAUAUGUCAUAUUAUUAAGUAUGAAUAGUUAAGUUAAAUAUUUGUUAAAAUUUAAAUAUAGCGAAUAACUUAUUUAUAA